AUGGAAGAUGCGAAGGCGACGAUGCAGCGAGCAGAGAGGGACAGUGCGCUUGCCGUCGAUCCCUCGGCCGGCGAUCGCGGUUGGUUUGUCGAUUGCUCAGGAGGAUCCGAUCACGAAGCAUGCGGAUGGCAGGAAGCUCCAUGUGGGACGAUCCAGCAUGUCCUGGAUCGAGUACAGAGCGGCGACCAUGUGUACUUAAAGGGGGGGGUAUGCAAGGGGAAUGGAAACGUAAACCUUGUAGCUCCGAAGGUGCAAGUAGCGAUAUCAAGCGUGGGGGACAACUCAGUUGAGAUCGACUGCGAAGGAUCGACCAGAGGAAUAUCAUUCAUACAAAGCGGAGGAUUUGCUAUCUCGCUGCGUAGCCUCGCCUUCUCUCGCUGCAUCGCGGAGUUUGGCGGUGCUAUUUUCUGUGAAAAUGCGUCUCCCCAUCUCAGCAGAGUUGUGUUCAAGAGGAACAAGGCGACGAGUGGAGGAGGAGCAAUCUACUGGAAGCAGAGAGGGCCUGUCCUGGACAACUGCACCUUCAUCGACAACGAUGCACCAUAUGGCAAGGACGUGGCAAGUGCGGUAGAACGGUUAGCAGUCGGCAACGAGCGAGUGAACUACGUGUACCACUCAGGGGAUGAAUUCAUCCCUCCUCUCAAGGCGAAGAUGUUUGACUUCUACGGGCAAGAGAUCGUAAGUGCCAGUGGGUAUGUCCUACGCAUGCAGAUCGUCCAUUUUGAACCCGAGGACCCAACGAGGCCGGAGCUGAGGGGUCAGGUAGAAACGCUCGUGGACAGAGGAGAGGCGCUCUGGCGUGGCUUGCAGCUGUUCGCACAGCCAGGAUCGGUCGUCAGCAUGGCUGCUGUGUACUCGGAGCAGGAGCUGCAGAGCGAUCCCAUAGUCGUGCACGUCAGGCAGUGCCACUCUGGGGAGCCGGAAGUUCCUUGUCAGAAGUGCCCGUUCGGAACUCGCUGCCCUGGUGGAAGCCAGAUCAUCGCUCUCCAGGGAUUUUUCAUCACUUCCAAGAUUCCGCUUCAGGUGGAGCAGUGCCCGUACCCAAAGUCGUGCCUGGGAGGAGAAAACUCCUACUGUGCCGCCGGCUUCACGGGCGAGCUGUGCAGGGAGUGUCAAGGAGGGCUCAGCAAUUGCUUCGGAGACUGUGUCGAGGGACUCUGCUGGCCUCUCAAGUUGAUCAUAACGAUCAUGGUGGCAGCAGCAGGAGUUGUAGUCCACUACUUCCUCAAGUGGAGCUCGGAAUCCGACGCGCAAUUGAUGAAAAAGCAUAGCAAGAGAUCCAAGGAACUUGACGUGCUGGGAAAGUUCAAGGGCAAGCAGUCGCGCCAGGCGAGAAAGAGCAAGGAGCAGGGGCAGAAAGGACGAGCACCGUCUUUGCAUCCUCAGGGAAGUCAACGGCCACUGCUCAAGAAGCAUGCAAAGGUGACUCCUGACCACUCGGAGCCCCAGGGUCUGCGGGUGCCGGGGGAAGAGAAGCGCGUAUCCUUCGCUGAUCAAGUCCAGCUGGAUCGGGAGGGCGCGCAGAUGGCAGCCCGGGUUCAGAGCGCGGAGAGGUGGGACCAGUAUGAUCCGGGGUUUGUGAUCGAGGAGGGGGAGAGGACCAGCGCGGGCAGAUCGCGGACGAAGCAGAUCGGAAUUGAGAUGGCUUCCCUGGGUACGGCUGCUCUCAAUGCGCUAGGAUUCAACGUGCCGUCUGAGAGUGCGAAUGUCUACUCGGCUGUCGAGCAGGAGCAGGAGGAGCAGGACGAGGACGAAGAACAUGAUGGGGACGAGAGAGUUCGAGAGAGCCCGAUUCUAUCGUCUGCCAGCUCGGACUCUGAAGAUUCUUCGACUGCUGCAGGCGGUCGUAGUGCUGCCUUCAACCUUAGAGCGAUGAUGGAGAUAGCUCAGCAAGAUUCAGACUGA